AUGAAUUCAUCAUCUUUUAACAUCAACAUGUCAAGCAGCUUGGCUUAUAGAGAAUCCCCCAUCGCUGCUGUGGCCAAAAAUGUGAUCAUCCUGGCUAUUGGCAUUACCAUCAACUAUAUCAAUGGAACAGUGAUUCACACCUUCAGAAAACACCAAAUAUUUUAUAUGAAUCCUCGUUACAUCCUCUUCAUCCAUCUGGUGGUGAAUGAUAUGAUCCAGCUGACUAUAACAAUCAGCUUGUUUAUCUUUAGUUACGUCUUCAACAAAAUUAAUGCCUCCAUCUGUUGCUUCAUUAUUACCUUUGCUGUUUUCACCACUCUCAACACUCCAUUAAAUUUAGCUCUGAUGGCGGUGGAGUGCUACAUCGCUGUUUGUCUCCCACUUCGACACGCUGAACUCUGCACCAUCAAACGAACAUAUUUUGUCAUCGGCUGUGUUUGGGUUUUGAGUGCAGCAUCAAUUUUGCCAGACAUAUUUAUUAUCCUGGCAACGGAGCCUCUAUGGUUAUUUUACUCUACAAUAUUUUGUCAAAGAGACACUCUAUUCCGAAACCCAAUCAGUAUACAAAAAAGGGAUGUUUCUCAUAUGAUUUGUUUAUGUGGAGUUUGGUUCACUCUUUUCUUUACCUAUUUCAAGAUAUUUUGUGCUGCUCAAGCUGCUAACUCAGUUCAAGGAAAAGCAAAAAAGGCCAGAAACACUAUCCUUCUUCAUGGCUUUCAGCUACUUUUGUGUAUGUUAAUGUAUAUAUAUCCAUUGGCAAAAACGUUUCUGGUGUUCUUGGCUCCUGCAAAUACUGUCCAAAUACUUUUUGUUUGGUACAUAUUAGUCCAGAUUCUUCCCAGGUUUGUGAGUCCUAUUGUGUACGGACUACGAGACAGUACAUUUAAACGCUAUUUGAAAAAGUAUCUUCUGUGCACCAUUAGAGCCGCCAACAAAUGACAUCUGUCAGUAAAGUGUUUUGUGUUGUGGUAGAUUCCCUGAAUUGGAUCAUUUAAUGCAGUUUGCUGUCCUUUGCAUAAAAUAAGACAAUGAAUUUUGCUGUUUCAAGCGAUCAAACAAAAAUCUUUUUCAAGCAAAACUGAUAUGGGACCAAAAUUAGACAAACUUCAUUUCAGUUAUGUGAUUACACUAUGAAAACAACUUGUAAAUCAAAAUGAAAAUCGAAAUAUUUUGAAAUCUAAAGGUUACAUACAUACAAAAUCAAUUUUUGUUUUCCUAAUUUCUCUCAGAGAGCUUAGGUAAGUGAAUUUCCAUGGCAGGACCUCUGAUAAACAUUGUUAGGUGUGUCACUUUCAGUAAGUCUUGAAUGAAGCCUGUUAACAAUGGAACCAAAUGCUUCAGCCAAUCACAUUCCCCUUUGAAUCAACGAUUGAUCACUU